CCUGUUCCUCCUCGAUAUUACUAACGUCUCCAACAUGGCGUCGCAGUACUACCAAGAGAUGCAGGAGAGUUUUAAAAAUAAUAACAAGAGUCGCGAGUUUCCGGCCCAUAGCGCUAAAGUACACUCGGUAGCUUGGAGCUGUGAUGGCCGGCGUCUGGCUUCAGGAUCGUUUGAUAAAACAGCGAGUGUGUUUGUUCUGGAGAAAGACCGCCUGGUGAAGGAGAAUAACUAUCGUGGCCAUGGAGACAGCGUCGACCAGCUGUGCUGGCAUCCCACAAACCCGGACCUGUUCGUCACCGCCUCAGGAGACAAGACCAUCCGCAUCUGGGAUGUUCGGACGACCAAGUGCAUCGCGUCCGUCAGCACGAAAGGGGAAAACAUUAACAUAUGCUGGAGUCCGGACGGGCAGACCAUCGCCGUGGGGAACAAGGACGACGUGGUGACCUUCAUCGAUGCCAAAACGCACCGAUCGCGGGCGGAGGAGCAGUUCAAGUUCGAGGUGAACGAGAUCUCCUGGAACAACGACAACGACAUGUUCUUCCUGACCAACGGCAAUGGCUGCAUCAAUGUGCUCAGCUACCCUGAGUUAAAGCCAAUCCAGUCCAUCAACGCUCACCCGUCCAACUGCAUCUGCAUCAAGUUUGACCCCACGGGGAAGUACUUCGCCACAGGCAGCGCAGAUGCCCUGGUCAGCCUGUGGGAUGUGGAGGAGCUGGUGUGCGUGCGCUGCUUCUCCAGGCUCGACUGGCCCGUCCGGACCCUGAGCUUCAGUCAUGAUGGCAAGAUGCUGGCGUCAGCAUCCGAAGACCAUUUCAUCGACAUCGCCGAGGUGGAAACUGGUGAGAAGCUGUGGGAGGUGCAGUGCGAGUCCCCCACUUUCACAGUGGCCUGGCAUCCCAGACGCCCCCUGCUGGCGUAUGCCUGCGACGACAAGGACGGCAAAUACGACAGCAACCGCGAGGCGGGCACCGUCAAGCUCUUCGGCUUGCCUACUGAUUCGUGAGGAGCAAGAUCGCCGGCUGUGUCGUGCACCUGACCAGGUCGACCCCCUGUCUGACCACGAGAACUGAGUAUAUGUGGGAAUCCUUUUAUUUUUUAUUUUUUUGCCCACACCAUAAUAGUUUUGUUGGGCCCUCCACCCCCUGCACAAUAAAAGUCAGCAGCUCAUCACCAAAGAAGGAAGCAUGGUUAGCUGGUGGACCCGCCGGCCCUUAUUCUUCUUCUGGUCGCCGUCUGCAUGCUGCAGCCAGGUAAUUAGGUGUGUAGGUGGUGGAACGCGGUAAAAACGUGGACUAGCUUAGGAUGGUGACUAGAUUGGGAAGUUGCUGUUCUCUUAUCAACCACCAGGGGGCUUUCUUUCUCCAUCGCCUCUGUCUAAUAUUUUUUCUGUGUCCUAAUAAUGGUGUGAUAUUUGUUUUUUUUUUGUACCAUAUUUUAUGAAUCGUAACUGAAUUUUGUAAUAGUAUUAAAGAGGUUGACAGGAAAA